AUGAAAUCCUUUCGUUUCCUUUAUCCGUUUCUGGCCGUGCAUGUAUCAAUGGCGGCGCUCCCGGUGGACGAGGAAUGGGAUCAGCUGGUGAAUGACUAUCUUCAAGGAAGUGUUGAGUUCGGAUUGGCUCCUCCAGAAAACGUGGGGCGGUCCUACGUUGGUGAAGAGGUGAAUCCAUCAAAGCGUGGGCUUGAUUUGGAAAACCCCAAGGCAAAUGUCAUAUUCACGCCUUCCCCUGAAUCAGAAUCACGCUGCACGGAGGGCGUUUGUUCCAAUCCUGCGAACGCGCUACAGGCUAGUGAGGGCCGAGUACCAAAAAGAGCACGUAAUGGCAAGUCUAUAAUGACGAGGGAGGAGGAAAGACGAGAUGAUCUACGUCCUGAUGUUUCCCGCUUGCAUCAUGACACUAAAUUCCACAACCUUGCCCAAGUUAAUAAUAAAAGUCCGCCCUGCAUCAGUGAACAAGGACGCCUAUGGCGGCUAGGACAAGCUGACCACUCGGGGAUUCCCACAUCACAUUAUCCAAUGACCUCCUCCAUCAAAUCAAGAGCACACCGUAUGAGCAGAAAACCAAUGCCGGAAAAGCAACAGCAAGAUCCAAGGAACAAGCAGCAUAUAGCUAACCAGAACUCGGGGCAAGGGAAAUAUGAUCAGCUAAAAGUUCCGCAAAUUGACUUGGGUGGAGAAUCUUGGAAACAAUCUGAAUUAAACUCGAUUGGUAUACCAGUCAAUGGUCUUAUGGAAACAGCAUCAAUCUCAUCUCAGGUUGUCUUGGAUGAAAGAGAACUUGAUCAAUAUCAAACACCCUACAAAGCUGCCAUUAAAAACAUCUAUCAGGAACUUCAUGGUUCGACUGAUACUAAAGCAAAGAUCCAACCUCAGUAG